AUGGAGACUUCAAUGGAAUCUCUAUUCUUUGAAACUUGUCACUUUUGCGACAAGGCUUUCACUCAGGGGACUGCCGCUUCAAUUGAGCACAGCCAGGGACCCAAUAGCCACUCCAUGAAUGACCUCAUUCCGUGGGAGAUCUUGGAUGUUCCUUUUGAGCUGGACGAGUUCGCAAGUGGCUUCAUCUCACCGCUGAAUACUUUCGUCACUAACACUUCUGGACUUAUGCCGACUUCUGUGGACGUAUUACCACUCAACAUAACAAGCGGUACUCAGAUCCAGUCGCGGCUAAGAUCGCUCAGCUCUAAAGGUGAUUUGACACGUGUAUCGAAACGUCUUUCAAGCCUACAGCACGCAUCACGAGUGAUCAUGCAGAUGCUCUACGCGUAUCCUCAAAUGAUGCUUCGCCGACAAACCUUCCCGCCAUUCAUCCACCCGCAUUGGCAUGAGAAAACCCUCCCCGAGACGCUGGGUAGUUGCAUCAGUCUUGCUCAGCUCUUUGCAGCACGAACGCCGGAAACUGAACCAUUCUUGUGGAGAAUUGUUGCUGUUGAGGAGGAGCGCUUUCGGGAAAAGUUGCAUGCCUUCUCUCCUCGUGAGGUGCAUUUGUGUCUGGAAGCUAUGAUUAUCUAUAUGAUGAUGUCGAUGAGCGAACCUGAUUCAGGAAGCAAUGGCCGGACAUCGAGGCUAUUCGAAACAGCAGAGCUUAUCGGAUCCCGGUUCCUCGAACUUGCGGGCAACUAUUCAACCUCGGAGCUUUCCGAACCAAGCUUGACCUGGCAAGAUUGGAUAUUCGCAGAAUCACGCCGCCGAAUGUCAUGUCUGUGGCUGAUAAUAGGCUGCGUAAUCACGGUUGAGAAUGGGAAGAAAUGCAGCGUGUGCAGCGACAUGUGUAGUCUUCCUCUCCCAUCUAGCAGGUUGCUCUGGGAAGCGAGAAGUCUUGAGGAAUGGCAGACGGAGAAGGCUUUCUUUGAUAUGAGCUGUCCUAUGACUACGUUGGGUGAGCUCGUUGAAGCGAAAGCAAACGCGGCAAACCCGGUUGAAGCGCAGAGGCUGCAGAACUGGGAGAUGGGGAGCGAUAAGAUGUCAGCCAUGUUGAAUAUUGCUGUUGAGUUUGUAUGGGGCAACGUUUUGUAA